ACUGCCAUUAAAAGAAAAAGUGAAGCCAGCGCAGGGCACGCGGACUAGUUUCCUCCACACCCACAUGUGCACCGACGUGGCGGAGGAAGACAGCAUUCUAUUUUUUUUGUAAAGUAGAGACGCCGGGGACGGAUCACCGUCAGACAACUUGUGUUUCCACACCUGUGGCAAAUGAAACAAACCGUCCAGAGUGUCACGCGAGCGAAGCGGAUGCCGCACUUACCUCGCGGGUGUCUUUCGCGCAACAGCCGGCUGAUACCGUCACGUGGUCUCCACGUCACCCAGGACAUCAGCACCUCGGACAGCGCGUGCGGCGGACGGAGCGCGUCUUCUCUCGGCCGCCGGGGGAAGGUGUUUUUUUGGAAGGAAAGCUGCCGUCUGUUACUAAGCCGAUGAAAUAACUUCCCCUUUGACCAGACGUGCCGGAAAUGAACAACGGGAAAUCAAAGUUUUAACACGCAGGAGGAGGGGGACACGUCACCGCAGGCUGUCGUCCCACUGCUUCAAGGAGGCCUUCAAUUACAGACCUGCUGGAUCGUAACUUUGAAUGCGGGGAUGUCGAACGGUGUGGGACGAAAACACACUCGAUCCGACAAAAAACAAAUAUACGAGGGGACACUGGUGACUUGAUGGAUGGACUGCGAGACAACAAAGGACCCGCGCUCUGCUGUCGCAUCUACCCUCAGGAGGACGGGCACAGACCCGGACACGCGGACCGGCAUGCGAGGGCGCGCUAUAGGAGGCUGCGGUUGGCCACCGCUGUACUGCUCUCACCCGGAUGCCGAGGAGGAGUAUUAUGGGUCGGACUCCCGGCCACGCAGCGUGGAAUUGGAUGAUGCCGAGGAAGACAACCCCGAGGGAGGAGGCCUGGACGCCGCGUCACUCCCGAGUCUCUCAGAGAGCGGGAUGCGAUCCCCGCAGUGCCGGAUCUGCUUCCAAGGACCGGAGAAGGGGGAGCUGUUGAGCCCUUGUCGCUGUGCUGGCUCCGUGCGUUGCACUCACCAGUCCUGCCUUAUCCGCUGGAUCAGUGAGAGAGGCUGCUGGAGCUGUGAGAUCUGCUAUUUCAAGUACCAGGUCCUGGCCAUCAGCACCAAAAACCCACUUCAGUGGCAGGCCCUCUCCCUGACCGUCAUUGAGAAGGUGCAGAUUGCAGCCAUCGUCUUGGGCUCUUUGUUCCUCAUCGCCAGUCUUUCCUGGUUGGUGUGGUCUUCUCUCAGCCCUUCAGCCAAAUGGCAGCGGCAGGACCUUCUCUUCCAGAUAUGCUAUGGCAUGUAUGGCUUCAUGGACAUAGUUUGUGUUGGCCUAAUAUUCCACGAAGGGUCGUCUGUUUACCGCAUCUUUAAGCGCUGGCAGGCGGUGAACCAGCAGUGGAAAGUGCUGAAUUAUGAGAAAGCGAAGGACCUUGGUGACCCCAGCAGUUGCAGCAGUAAAGGUCGUGUUGACAGGAACUCAGGCAGCGGACAAAGGGCGAGUCGACCUGUCCGGACUAUUCUCAACCACCAUUGUGGCUACACCAUUCUGCACAUCCUCAGCCAGUUGAGACCCAACAGUCUGCGCAGAGCCAACCAUGAGGUGGUCAUGAGGGUGACCACUGUAUGAGGCAGGGUCAUGCAGACAAGUGCUCCAAAGUGAGGAGGACGAGAUUAAAGUGUUGGUUUGGACUUUAUUGUGAAUAAAUUCCAGUCUGCCAAAUAAACACUGCCGUAAACAUUUUGAAAAAAAAGAAGCUUUGAUUCAUAGAAGCUAACGAACAUUUUUUAACAACCAUGAGAAAUGUUACAAAAUGUCACCAAAAUGUUUUCUUUCAAGGUUUUUCUUUCAAAACAAAAAAGUGAUUACCAUCCACUUUGAUUUGGAUUGUACUCUAUAAAAGUUUGAUAGUGAAAAUAAUUGUGUUCCUACUCAUGUGACCAUGGCAAUGGCUCCAGCCAAUUUAAUGUAAUUUAUUCAACAUAUUCCUAAAGGUCCAUUUAAAUGGAGCAGAUAUGGAAAAGCCCAAGAAAACAAGGCACAAUUGCUUAAAAUAUUAAAUCCUUAGUGUACUAAUUAAUUCAUGUUUUGUAUUAAAUACUUUGUUGAUAUGAAAAUGGAACUUUGUGUGUCAUUUUUAGGCAGCAAGUUGGAUCUUAGCAAAUGUAGGAGCUUUACAGCAGGGAACUAUGUUGUCUCACCACCUUCUUGAAGGAGUAAAAUUAGAUAAGAUUAUGAAAGCUGACUGAGGACACCCAGAGGGAAAUAAAAGCAUUCACAUUUAUUAGACAACAGUGA